AGUACCGUAUUUUUCGCUUCAUAAGACGGACCUGACCAUAAGACGCACCUAGGUUUUAGAGGCUGAAAACAGGAAAAAAAAAUAUUCUGAACUAAUGGACUGCAGACAUAGUACAGGAGAUGACCAGAGACUGUGGACAGUACAGGAGAUGACCAGAGACUGCGGACACAGCACAGGGAUGACCAGAGACUGCGGACACAGUACAGGAGAUGACCAGAGAGACUGCGGACACAGUACAGGAGAUGACCAGAGACUGCGGACACAGUACAGGAGAUGACCAGAGACUGCGG